GUUGCGCGACAACAGGAGAAGGAUUAUUGGAAGGCUUAGUACGUUCCCCUCUUCCCUUGAUUUGCCUCGGGCUAACAAAUUCCAGGCGUGGCUAUCCAAUAACGUCAAAUCACCUCCCGCUCAAGCCAAGAAGUAGAAUCUCCCUCGGACCAUACACGAUUCAUGACCACCUUCGUCGAUUCGACACUAGAAAGGCAACAAUGGCACGGCGAACGGAUACACAAGAUAUACCAAAAGCGGAUCAGAUUGGUUUCCCCAUACCCAAACAUUCACGACUUUCCUCACUUCUCCCUCGGUUUCUGAAACUUUGCCUUGGCUUGUAUAAUUGAUGAUGCUCAUGCAGCGUUGCUUCUUUGAUUUUUCAGUUUGCGUUGCCUCUUUUUUUUGUUAGCUUGCUUGCGGCGGCGAUACCAGAUGCUUCAUUCUUCAUUCUUCUUUUUGGUUGAUACCAAAAUGCGCGUUCUUGGGGAGGAAUGGAGAUGGCGGAGAAAACGAGGGCUUGGAGGAUAUGACUAUUGUAAUUGUACGUUGGUAAGACUUUGUAAUAGUACGCAACGUCGCUAGUUUCACGAGCUAUGGUGUUCUCC